AGCCAACGAAUCUUGCCGGGAGCCGUGCAUCGCCGUGCACCAGCUGCGAGAAAUCAUAAAGCGUAGUGGUAAAUCGCGAGAACUCGUCGGCGAGGAGCGUAUAUCCGCUGUCCGGAACGAGAGAGCGAGAGAGAGAGAGAGAGAGAGAGAAGGAAGCCCGCAACUUUUUUCGCCGAGCGCUAUCGAUUCGCGGUGUACAAGCAACACAUUUUUUAGGCUUCACUACCCCCCUUGAGGGAGAGCUCACGGUAAGUACGCUCUGUCCCCUACCCUAUCUACGUCGUGCAGGUGCAAGGAAAAAAAAAGCGAAGAAAACGGCGGAAGGAAACCGUCGUCGGAGUUGCCGCGUGCGCUCGGAUGUAAAGCAAGUGUGUUCUCGUCGUCGUCGUGCGACUUGACAUUCGUGCACCACGUGUGUCUCGUCGAUUAAUUGAAUUAUAACUCGUCCCAUCGGCGAUCGGUCGGCUCAUCCUCGGCGGCACGCAGCAUGAACCUGAACGAGGAGGACGAGAGCGGCAACGAGAGCAGUAGACAAUUGUUCCUGGUCGGUGACGCGAUACCGCGCGACCCGCUGGUGUCGGCCGGCGCGAUCGUGGCGUCCGGUGUUCCCGACGACAUCAGCCAGGGUGACGACCUGCAGUCGACUGCCUUGGCCGGCCUGAUCGGUGCGCAAUCCAGCUCCGUCUGCUUCCCGACGAAAUUCACGUACGACUUCUCGGCCAGCCCCGAGAGCGAGGAGAGACCGUCCUGCGUGAUCGGCAAGAGGAAGCAGCGCAGGUACCGCACGACGUUCUCCAACUUCCAGCUGGAGGAGCUCGAGCGCGCCUUCCAGAAGACCCACUACCCCGACGUGUUCUUCCGCGAGGAGCUCGCUGUUCACAUCCAAUUGACGGAAGCUAGAGUACAAGUCUGGUUUCAAAACAGAAGGGCGAAGUGGCGCAAGCAAGAGAAGCAGUGUAAGAUCGCGACUCACAUGACGCCGCACUUGCCGCCGUCAGACUGCCAGGAAAUGCAGCAGCAGCAACACCAAUCGCAGCAGGCGGAUCACUUGCUGUUGGAGUCGCCGUGCAGUCCUCCUCCCAUCUACCUCGGCAUGGAGUGGACUGGCUUCUCCCCGUACAACACCGACAGCACAUCCUCCCUUAUCGCAAGCAACAUGAACAAACCGUCGGAAGCGGAAGCCGACAACUCUCUGCUUGACCCGGAAUUAUUACAAUUGAAACCGCCACGUUCCUAAUAACGUUAAGAACAGAGAUAUAUAUAUAUAUAUAUAUAUAUAUAGAUAUAUAUAUAUA